ACAAUGUUACGCGCUGAACUAUUUGCAACAGUGAUUUCAGCAUUGCUCAUGGCGGUUUAAACGGCUGUAAAAAGUACGUUCAGGUGAGUUUAACAAGUGUCAUUUCAUUUUCUGUAUUAUUCAGGUAAACACUGGUUAAACACUUGUUUAGUUGUCAUGAAAAGACCAAACUCCCUGAAGGCUUUUGUAAAGUAGCAAUGGAAUAUAAUUAAGGAAUUUACAUAUAGUAAAAGAAUAAUCUACUUAUAUUAUUGUCAAAAUAAUACAUAAUAUUGGCCGUCGUAAUUCAGUGCGUUGACGAGAGAAGAUUUCCGGGAUGCUGUACAUCAUUCGGGGGGUGUGAGGGAGCUGUGGUCCAUUUGCAGGAGACUCAGGGAACUUCCCGGAGAGGUGUGAUGUCUACAUAUGAUUACAAUGCGAUCCAGUUGUUUAAAUGUACUGCCACUAUACAUUUAUAUGCAGGACAUAAUUCAUGGACUCAGAUCACGAGCACAAAAAUUAUUUGGCCAUUCUAAGAAAGCUAGAUAAAUCGCCGUGCAUAGGAUACAGUGAAAUGAGGUUGUAAGAGCUUUUUUAACGUUAAUACAGCUAAAUCUCAUUAUGGCGGCGCACGUCAGUCAGACAUAAACACGCGAGAGUCUGACUGCGGUCAACGACGUUGUGUGGCGCCAGCUGCAGGUGGUUGUCAUGGUUACUUUGCCACAAACCGGCCGAAGUUCGCGCCCUUUGACUAAGAGAUGUCCGACGUUCGAGCUCCGGCAAACAAAGCCGGAUUUAUUUUGAUAAUUUCUGCUUAAACUUUAUUAAACUAAUACAUGAAGGCCAACCGAACACCGUGACCCCAGAGCUAAGCUGACAUGUACCCAAACACCCUGAUCGCAGAGUUAUGCUGUCAUCUACUCAGAUGCCCUAAUUCCAAAGACGUAAACUGUCGUCCACCGAAACACCCUGGCCCUAGAGAUAAGCUCCCAAACAUGGAACCGGCCCAACCACAGAGCUGACAUUCACACAAAUACCCUGAUCCCAGAGGCAAGCUGCGGUCUACCCAAACACGCAGGCCCCUCAGGCUGCCCCAGUACGUCUAGGUGGUGACAAUCCAUCCUACAGGGUUGACAUGAUGUGCUUUCCUGAAGCACACAAAGGACACCUCGGGUUUUAUGAAGGUGUAUGACAGUGUUUUAGCCCGACCCUUGUGCAGAGGUCGGAAGUCUGCGGUAGGCUGGGGAUCCCGCAGUGGCUGGUGGCUUGUCCGCCGCCCUGCUGGGCGAACUGGUGUUUUUAUUUUUAGCUGCUUUUAUAGUUUAGCUCUGCUCGGCUCAUCCCGGAUUGGCGGACGGCGGACGUCGGGACCACGGCGGCGGAAGGACUCUGCUCCAGCGGCGACGUCGGUGGACCUUCCCGGAUGGCAACGGCCGGCGGACCAUCGAGGAAGCCCUUCAGCGGGCCGUGGCUGGUAGCAGGCGGGGGCCUGCGGAAUACCGCCCGGUUCUGCUGGAGGGCUGAGGAGGAGGUGGGCACCUUCCCCGACCGGCUGGCCUUCAUCCGGGAGGUGGCCUUUGGAGCGUUGGGCCUUCAGAUGCAGGACAUCCUCUGCGUACAGCGGAAUGGGCCCUUCCGCUUCUUCGAGGUCACCUUGUCCACCGACGAGAGUUACACCAAGGUCCUGGAGCGGAGCAAGGAGGGGGCCCAGCACCCCCUCCUCGGACGUUACAACAUCGAGCCGCUGUGGUGGCCCGACAAGCGGCCUCCCUUCUGCCGGCAGUGCCACAGCUUUGGACACACCCUGGAGGGAUGCGCCAACCUGCGCUGCCGCAACUGCCUGGAGUCGGGGCACAUGGCCAGGGACUGCAAGGGCCCCCGUCGCUGCAUACACUUUAACGGCGAGGACCAUCUGGCUCGUUCCUGCCCACAGAAAAAGACUACAUAUGCCGACGCUCUGUCGGGUAACAGAGCAGUCGGCACGGAGAAUGGUGGGGGAGCUCUAGCCCCCAUGGCUGGGCAGGAACAGCCGGCGACGGGGGCAGGAGGAGAAGCCCUGGUCGAGGUGGAGGAGGCCCCUUCGAGUGCGACACCAAUGCAGGAGGGGUCUCCGAACAAGGUGGAGCAGCUCGCCCUGGCUCCAGGCGUCAGCAGCAGGCAAAAGAAGAGCGGUGCAUCCCCCCGGGGGAGGAAGAAGAGCAGAAGGGAGGCGCAACCCGACGCAUCCAGCCCUCCGGCUGCCACCUCGCCAGCAGUGGCGGCCGGGGACCAAGGCCGACAGUGUCCCCCCUCCCCGAUGUUAGAGGCCCCCCGUCUGGUGUGGAACUUGGGACAGUCCCCUGUACCCCCCCAGGAGUACAGCGGUCAACAGGACACUGCUAAUGAACAGGAGUACCUGGGGGGGCUGGAAUUGGGGGACCUUUUGAGGUUGACUGAGGAGGGGGGGCAGUAGGACAGUAUUGUUUUUAAUGGCUGGCUUUUAUUAUUUUAGUUUGUUGUUUUUAAUUGUAUUUUAUUAUUUUAACAUUCUAUGGCCAAUUUUAAUAUUGUCACCUUGAAUGUAAGGGGUUUGAGGAACAUUUUAAAACGUACAUCUGUUUUUAACCAGCUGGCAUCUUCUCCCUUCAGCAUUUGUUUUCUGCAGGAAGUCCACCUCCGGGACCAGCGGGACGAGGCUCUCUUUUCACGACAGUGGAAGAGGGGUAGAUCCUACUGGAGCGUAGGUGGCGUCCACUCCUCAGGCGUCGGGAUCCUUUUUGGCGACCGCGCCUUUGAAGAAGUAAGUGCGUUUACCGUCCUUCAGGGCAGGGUUUUGGGAGUGGACGCCACAUGGAGGGGACAGCGCCUCCGGGCCAUAUGUGUCUACGCUCCGGUGGAGGCCUCGUCCCGUAUAACUCUCUUUGAAGAGUUGUCCCCGUUCUGUGUCACAGAUCGACACUUGAUUUUAGGAGGGGACUUUAACAUCUCGUUGGAGGGUAGACAGGAUGUCA